CUUCUGAGUUUGUGAUAUUGCACAUAAACAUUCAAACUCCAGUGUCAGAGAUGAACGUUUGCUGCUACACUAACGUCACCUUUCCAGCCUGAACUGAGUCUGAACUGAGCCACACGUGUCGCCUCUGCAAACCCACAAUAACUGUUAUUCAGGGGAGCGGAGCGGCUGCUUGUGAAUGAGAGGAAAUGCCUCUCGGUGUGUAUAUGUGUGCGUGACCUUAGCAACCGUGGCAAACUGCCAUCGGUCAGAGCAGCCGAAACGCCUCCAGCCUCUGGUUCGAGAUAUCCAAAAGCUGCCUCUUUGUCAUCUCAGGAACUUGGGAUCAAUUUCUGCCUUUCUUUUCCUUUCUCUUGCUGGAUUUUCUCAUGGUCUUGUGCGGACUUAUGAUGGAGAAUUAAAAUGGUGAGGAAGAAAAAGCUGCUGGUGUUUGGAAUUUGUGGAAGCAUGAUGUGGGAUGGAUAAACGACAGCACAACUCUGCUAUGGCCUCUAAUGACCCUGACCUUCCUGAGCCCUCCGGUGACCCCCAGCCAGGUGACCUCAUUGAGAUCUUCAGACCGGCCUAUCAGCACUGGGCUCUCUACCUGGGAGACGGUUACAUCAUCAACUUAACUCCCGUCGAUGAGAACCAGGCAGCCGCCAUGUCCAGCGUGAAGUCGGUGUUCAGCAGGAAGGCUGUGGUGCGCAUGCAGCUGCUGAAGGAGGUGGUGGGUAGCGACUCGUACUGCGUCAACAACAAGUACGACCACAACCACACGCCGCUGCCCGUUUGCGAAAUCAUCCAGCGAGCGCAGGUCCUCAUCGGCCAGGAGGUUUCCUACGACCUGCUGGGGAGCAACUGCGAGCACUUUGUUACCCUCCUGCGCUACGGGGAGGGGGUGUCCGAGCAGGCUACUCGGGCCAUCGGGGCCAUCAGUCUGGUGACGGCGGCAGCCAGCGCCUUCUCCGUCCUGGGACUGAUCAAUACACGAUCCAGAAACAGGCCUUUCUGACAGCUGUGUUCACUGAAUGGGGCUGUUUCCAGACACUCAUAUGAUUCAAAUAAAAUCAAGUAUUAAUAAA